UUCUGGUUUGCUCGUUCCAGCUCCCAAUUGCACAUGGACAAGAGCAGCACUACCACCAUGAACACCACCACCAUCGUGAUGAUAUAAGCCACCAUGACCAUGAGGAUGAACAGCAUGAUCACAAGGAACACCACCACCAAGGGCAUCAUGAUCAGCACACAGAUACUGGUGAUGACAAUGAUGACCAUCAUCACUAUCCCUCUCACCAUCAUGAAGCAGGACAGCACCAAGAAGGGCACCAUCAUCACCACAACGGUGACCAUCACGAGAGUGAGCAACAUGAUCAUGGUGGUGAUGAUGAUCAUGGCAAGCAUCACCACCACCAUGAUGACCAUCAUGGUGGACAUCAUCAUCAUAAUGAUAAUGACGAUGAUGAACCUCAGAAGCACCAUCAUGGACAUCAUGAUCAACACCACCAUGAUGAAGAGGAUGAGCAUCACCACCAUCAUGAACAUCAUGGUGAUCAUCAGCAUCACUACCAUGAUGAUGAAGAUGAAGAUGAUGACAGUGAGGAAAAUGAACACCCUCAUCAUGGGCAUCAUGGUCACCACUACUACAGAGAGGAGGAAGAGGAUGAGGAUGAAGAACAACACACAGGUCAUCACCACCAUCAUCACCAUGAUGAAGAUGAGGCCCAUGGGCACCAUCACCAUGGUGGCCAUCAUCACCAUGAUGAAGAUGAUGACGAUGACGAUGAUGACGAGGAAGACGGAGAGCAUCAUCACCAUCAUCAACACCACCACCAUCACUAUGGUGAUGAAGAAGAGUCUGAUGAAGCUUCUUCUGAAGAAGAAGAGGAAGAUGAGCAGGAUCAUGAAGAAGCUAGAAGGACACACCAUGAAGGACAUAAAGAAGAAGAGGAUGAGGAUGAAGAUGACGAUGAGGAUGACAAAUACGAGGCAGGCUCUCUUUGCCACUAUUGUGCCUUCUGCAAGCAUUGCGAGGAAUGUGAAACCAAGUGCCCCUGUAAAGAAGGAGACACCAGUGAUCACUGUGCAAGCUGUCAGUAUUGUCAUUUCUGUUACAUUUGCCCUGUCUGUGAGACAGCCUGUACACCAGGGAGCAUUGUAGAUGAACUAUCAGGAGCCUUAUUUCAGACAUUUGCUACCCUUUUUGAGCAGCAUGAGCACUGAAGCACCCCUGAUGGAGAGGCCAAGAGUGGGUGGGUGGAUGGGUUAAGUAACCUUGACUUGUAAAGGGUCACACUACAUCUGAUAAUCAAUUCCAUGAUUCUUUCUACCAACAGGUACCCCCCUCUUCCUCUUCCUCUCACAAAUGUCCCCCCCCCCAAGAAUGAGUUUCUUCCACCUGCUUGAGGGUGGUGGUGGUGGAAGUGCUCAGGUUAGGAAAACAGCUGGGACUAGAGAUGGUUUCAAGUGAACACAUGCUAAGGAAUGGAAAGGGUUUAGCAGCUCUUCUCCCACCUGAUUUGCUUUUUUGCCACCUGAUUUCAGCCACUAGUAGGUUUUUAAUUAUGAAAAGCGAUUUCACAGGGAGGAUCAGAAAACUCUGUUUCUCAAAGCCAGCAGGGAGAUCAUUUCUUGCUGAGUAAAGAAGAAAACUGGCAUUUUAGUAAGCUAGUCCACCUCAGGGUGAAAGAUACUUGAAGCAUCACCUGGUUGGCAACUCUUAGGGUCUGAGCACCAAGUCUGAGUCCAAGUCUUUGGCAUCAAGCCCCAAGUCCCUAUUACAAACUCCUUUCCCCGGGGGUGGGGAGAGGGAGUGAGUGGAUUCUACGUUGUGAAUCGAAGCUUAGUCAUAGGAGGGAAAGACCAAGUUGAGUCACUGAUGUGACUUGAGUCUGACUUAACAGCAACUCCCACGACUUGAGUGCCCUUGGCAGCACCUAACACCUCUUUGCUCCAGGUUUCCCCAGCCUUCGAAUCAGCAAAAGCCCAAUCACAUUUCAGGCUUGUUCCUGCCUAAUAGGUCUUUCUCUGCUCAAAUCUUUCAUACUUUCACAGCCUUGGACUCCACAGUAUUGUUGUUCUACAGCUACUCUGGGAUCCUUUAACUGAAAAGCAGUACAUAAAAGAUUCCUUUAAAUGGUGUAGUUCCCAUCAUCCCCAAUCAGUGGCCAUGCUAGUUGGGGAUGUUCGGUGUUACAGUCCAACAACAAGCAGAGGAGUCAAGCUAGGAGAUUAUUCAUCUCAUGCGACUUUGCAUCUCUUACUGGCUUGCUGUUGAAUCAUGAAAUUGAAAGCAUUUGUAUUUGACCCUCUAGGAAAUCUCAUUCUGUCACCUUUCAUUCAUAACGGCUCAUUCAUUCAUACAUGGGUGUUGGCCCUUAAUAACUGCAGUUAUCAAGGGAUAAGCACACCUGUAUGAAACAGCUUUUAAGCUACACUGCAGGACUUAUUCAUGCCGGCAUGUCUGCAGUCAUUUCUCCCAAAGAAUCCCCACUAUGGCAAUUAUGACUUUUAUGACAAUAAUAAACUAUCUGUCAGAGAUCAUCAUGCCCAUAUAGAACAACAUCACCACAGUCUGUUUCUGAUACAUCACCACAACUAACCCAGCUACUGGAGCAAUGCUUUCAGCCUCGAUACCCUAUGCUACAAACCCAAAAGCCUUAUACUUGUUUAGGACAGUGAGACGGGUGUGGAAUGUAUGACCCUCCAUGUUUUUUGGAUUGCAAGUCCCAUCAUCCUCCACUUCCUGGUUAAGCUGACAGGAUGGGAACUGCAGCACAACAUCUGAAUGACCUUAUGUUUCUCCAUCCUGCGCCUUUGCUUCUCCUGGCAUGUCCUGCCACCUCUGGUGAAAUUUCAGAAGGCCUAUCUUCCUAUCUGUCGGGCUGCCAUAAUGAAUUCUGGGCAGUGUCAGUUUAUAAGGAGGAUGAGCUUUCUGCUAGUCUCCUGUUGCAGGUACACAGAACUCAUUAAAUCAUAUGGUCAGCUCUAACUGAAAACUGGAUUGCUGUCACUGUUGUGUAGAGGAGGUGGAAAUACAAAUAGAUCAUGGAUAAUUGCUCUUCCCCAACCUGAAUGAAGGUUUAGGAAAGAUACAAAGCAUUGCCUUUUUGGGUUUCAUAACCUCAUCUUUUGGCAAUUUAGCUCAACUCAAAAUAAUCCCAUCCCACCCAACCAUUCUGUGUUGGACACUCCUUCCUAGCAGCUUUUUUAAAUUCUUAAUUUAUAGCCAUUGCUUUGUCUUGUUUUAAAGGAGAAUAAUAAAAUGAAGUCUUCUGACACGGCUA